UGGGAUACAUGUAAAAUAUCAAUCUCUUGUCUCUGAUUGAUUAAUUAAUUAAUUAAUUAAUUUGCCUAACACUAUACCGUACUAGCACACACUAUUGAAAAUGAAAAAUUAUGUAAUUAUUAAGUAGUAUAAAUGAAAGAGGGGAGAGAGAGCAAAGGGAAGUUAGUUAGUUAGAGAGAGUGGAUGGCAAUAGCAAGAGCAGUAUCACCUACCAUGAGCAUGAGAAUGAGCUUGAGCCAUAGUCAUGAAGAUGGAAAUAAUAAUACUACUACUACCAAUUCUAACGACAGCAAUACUAAGGCAACUACAGUAACAGCAGUAGUUGAUGAUGAUGAUGAUGAUCACGAGCAUGACUUGGUUAUGCCUGGUUUUCGUUUCCAUCCAACUGAAGAAGAGCUCGUGGAGUUCUACCUUCGCCGUAAGGUGGAGGGAAAACGUUUCAACGUUGAGCUUAUUACUUUUCUUGAUCUUUAUCGCUAUGACCCUUGGGAACUUCCUGCUUUGGCAGCAAUUGGAGAGAAGGAGUGGUACUUCUAUGUGCCUAGAGAUAGGAAGUAUCGGAACGGCGAUCGUCCCAACCGAGUAACUACUUCUGGUUAUUGGAAGGCAACAGGAGCUGAUAGGAUGAUUAGAACUGAAAACUUCCGUUCAAUUGGAUUGAAGAAAACCCUAGUUUUCUAUUCUGGUAAAGCUCCUAAAGGUAUAAGAACCAGCUGGAUUAUGAACGAGUAUCGCUUGCCUCAACAUGAAACCGAAAGAUAUCAAAAGGGUGAGAUAUCUCUAUGCCGUGUAUACAAGAGAGCUGGAGUAGAAGAUCAUCCUUCCCUCCCUCGUUGUCUCCCAAUCACCAGACCAUCAUCUGCAAGAGGUUCUUCACAUAAUAAUUCAGACAAGAAGCAGAAUGAAAUAUUGGGAAUGGGAUUUGUUGUUGGACAAUCAUCAAAGACACUAGUAAUUGAUCAUGAUGAUGAUAAUGAUGAUGAUCAAAUACUUAACAAAAUGGAUGGAGGAGGAAGCAGUAGCGCCGGUGCCACCCACGGUAAUUCUUCAGAUCAUGAUCAUGUGACAACAGCUCUUGGACUUUCCAAGUACAGUCCUCCUCCUCCUCCUCAUCCUCAUAAUUACCGUACAGAGGAGGAAGAACAAUUGAUGAUGAUGCAACAUCAACAGGCACCUAGGCAAUUAGUACAAUAUGCAGCUGCAGCUGGAAACUCUUUGUUUGUCCCAGCUGUCUGUGGUGGCGCCAUUUCAACGUCGGCAGCAGGAGCGAGUUGUUCUUCUAAUAACGGUAGUACUGCAAGUGCUGCAAUGAUGAUGGAUGAACUCAACAGACUUGUAAGUUAUCAACAACAGCAGCAAUACUGUUACAAUGUUCAAAACAAUAUUAUUAAUCCUCCUAAUCCAAAUCCCAAUAAUCAUCAUUUCUCUACUUUGCUGAUGCAACCAAUGUCUCUACCAAAUCAACUACCAGCUGCAACUGCAACAACUUUCUCUGACCGACUGUGGGACUGGAAUCCAAUCCCUGAGGAUCAUAAUCAUAAUCACCCCAACAGUAGUAGUAGUAACACUACCUCCUUCAAGUAAUAAUCACUAAUUACUCAGUUCUAUAUAUAAGUUUUAUAAUUACUAUAAUUAAUUAUAUCUAUAUAUAUGCAUCGACCUAGCUACUAGCUACAGUAUAUUGCAAAUGCAUAUAUAUUGAUGAUACAUGACCCAGUUGAUUUCAGUUAUAUAUCAACUUUAUAUGUAGGUUGUAAUUUCCUAAUACUCUGAUUAUUAUUCGGCCAGUAUCUUUAGAUUUCAAUAACAUAUAUAUAAUUGUAUCAUCACUCAUUUUCAUCACUCGUUAAUUAUAUAUCCAUAUCUUCCUAUAUAU